GUUUCAGUGCAAGACCAGUGGCGAACAUGGCCAUUAAGUUUCUGAUUUUCUUCAGCUCCUUGGUGGGAUUCUGCCUUGCAGUGGACUACUGUGCUCUUCCCACUUGCCUGGAUAAGCACAUUGCCUGCAAUAACAAAGGAAACUUCAGUGAAAACUGCCCCAAGGACGUGCGUGAAGUGAAGAUCGUGCCCCAUCACAAACUAAUUCUGACCCUAUUCAACGAACUGCGUAACAAUGUGGCUGGAGGCAAAGUAGAAGGAUUACCCAAGGCUAUACGCAUGGCCAAAAUGUCUUGGUGCGAGGAGCUCGCCCACUUAGCCCUUCUCAACGUGCAGACCUGUGAGUCUCUUCCAGACAAAUGUCGCAGCACAGAAAGAUUUGCAUACGCCGGUCAGAACAACGCCAUAUUCCAAUACAGUGGAGCGGAGACGGAAUACACUGAUGCAGAGGUUAUCAAGGAGCAAAUUGAGAAAUGGUUCGGCGAGCGCUCGAAUGCCUCCCCUGAGAUCCUCGCCAGUUUCCCUGAGGAGUUGCCCAACAAGGAUGUUGCCAAGUUCACCAUUGCCGUGGCUGAAAAGAACACUCACGUGGGUUGUGCUGCCGUGCGCUUCUCCCGCGAUUACUACAACCACUUCAUUUUGACUUGCAACUUCGCCACCUCUAACAUUGUGGGUCAGCCUGUGUAUACUCCCGGCGAAAAGGCAACAACGGGAUGCAAGAACCGCUAUGGAGCCGCCUUCGACUAUCCAAACCUCUGCUAUGCUAAGGAAAUUUAUGACAAUGAGAAGUUAAUCGGAGGAGCCCGCUUAUUUUAGGAAUUUAGAUGGACGAAUGAUGCUGACUACUGAUGAUCUUCACAUGUGCAAAUAUAAAUACUAAAAAUUAAGCAAGAAUUGAUUAAGGUAUUAUUUGGUUUUAUUUAUUGGCAAUAAACUACUGCCCAGACUCAUAAUUCCUUAUAUCUAACAUGUAGGGCUAGGAUAUUUCAACAAAAUUAUUAUUUAACUUAGCGCUUUUGUUUUCUGAUCUGCGUUUGCAAUAAGAAAAUUAUAUUUAUCCUAUGGUAAGGAUCAAUAAAACAUGACCAUAAUAAA